AGAUUAUAAAUGCACAGACCGAUUUUUUUGUACUAAUUGGGUGUGAUAAAUUUGGUAUUAAAUAAAUUAUUUGGUAGGGAAAAAUAACAGACAUCAAGUGUCCUGUAUUUAAUAAGAGCGUGAAUGUUAUUUAUCAGGCGUUAUGCACAGGCAGCUAUUGCGUAAUGCCGACUUGUGUAUUGGUGUAUCUCCACUGACAAGAAGCUGUGGGAUUAAUAAAAUAGUCCACGGUGCGUGUUUUCUCGUGGCUAUUUCGAAACAUUCUUUACUCAUCGUUUCUGUCGCGGACGUGUUUGUUUGCGACGAUUUAAACUUUAUUAUGACAGAAUGUUAACAUUCGCAGCUUUGAGCAGAGCUCGGAAACUAACUUGCCAGCUGAGCUAGCUCGGUUGCGCAUUACCAGGCUCGGGUAGACUACAUGAUACGUUGCUGUUUCGGGAAGACGUUGCCACUCAUUGUGUUAUCGAUGUAGCUUUCGAUGGGCUAUUAUCAGAUGCUACCGCUGCCCCAGCUCAUCGUCCCUCGAGAUUGCCUCUGUUGUGUAACCAGUCUGCCCCGGUCGGGCCAACAGCUCAGUCGCUAGCAACUUAGCCGGUCCCGUGUGUGUGUUGGCAGAGCACUGCUCUCAUCGCGCUGGCUAAAAAUACACUUCUUGUUCCACGCUCAAUGCCCGUCCAAAAGUGGUGGGCUUGUCCACGUCGGACUUGUCCUCCUUUUUUCUAGUGUCAUCGCUCGGAGUUAUGCGCUCUACAUGGUCACUUCAGUGAAUCUAAGACGGCUGGAAGAGCGAACCGGACCCCGAGGCUGUGAGCCGAGCUGGCCUGAUCUGACGUUACAACAAACCGGCUGGCGGACAGACCUGUGGCCGAUCGGCGGCCAGACAUAAUUUCGCCUUAAUGGCCUUGUCCUGUCAUCCGUAGUAAUAUAAUAAGCUUAGGUCCAGCUUUGUGUUGCUAGACAAAAACUCUGUAAAGGUCAGGAAGAAAAAAAAAAUCCUUGCUUUGUUUUCACUGUGAAUUGUCUGAGAUCGGCGAGGCAGACUUCAUCUGUCCAGAGCAGGACAACAUGUCGGAGGAUAACAACGCAGACAAGUUCAUUAAGGAAUCAUCGAUUCUGGAUGAGUACCACAUAAACUGGACACAGAAGUUGGGAGCUGGGAUCAGUGGACCUGUCAGAGUUUGUGUGAAGAAGUCAACUCAGGAACGCCUGGCCCUGAAGAUCCUCAUUGAUCGUCCCAAGGCCAGAAAUGAGGUGCGUCUCCAUAUGAUGUGUGCCAACCACCCAAACAUAGUGCAAAUCCUGGAGGUUUACGCUAAUAGUGUCCAGUUCCCUCAUGAGUCUAGUCCAAGAGCGAGGCUUUUGAUAGUUAUGGAGAUGAUGGAGGGCGGUGAGCUUUUCCACAGAAUCAGUCAGCACAGGCACUUUACUGAAAAAAUGGCCAGCCAAGUCACUAAACAGAUCAGUCAAGCCUUGGAACACUGUCACUCCCUAAAUCUUGCACAUCGUGACCUGAAGCCAGAGAACCUGCUCUUCAAGGAUAACUCAUUGGAUGCACCUGUCAAGUUAUGCGACUUUGGCUUUGCCAAAAUUGAUCAAGGAGACCUGAUGACUCCUCAGUUCACUCCUUACUAUGUAGCACCUCAGGUACUUGAGGCUCAAAGAAGACACCAGAAGGAAAAGUCUGGAAUAAUACCUACCUCACCCACUCCCUAUACAUAUAACAAGAGCUGUGACUUGUGGUCUCUUGGCGUAAUUAUCUACGUAAUGUUGUGUGGCUACCCUCCGUUCUACUCCAAGCACCACAGCCGCACCAUCCCAAAGGACAUGAGGAAGAAGAUUAUGACGGGAAGCUUUGACUUCCCUGAAGAUGAGUGGAGCCAGAUCUCAGAAAUGGCCAAGGACAUUGUACGCAAGCUGCUGAAGGUAAAGCCAGAGGAGAGGUUGACUAUUGAGGGAGUCCUGGCUCACCCUUGGCUCAACUGCACUGAGGCCCUCGACAAUGUGCUGCCGUCCGCACAGAUGAUGAUGGACAAGGCUGUCGUCGCAGGUAUCCAGCAGGCCCACGCAGAGCAGCUGGCCAACAUGAGAAUUCAGGAUCUGAACAUCAGCCUGAAGCCCUUAAACUCCGUCAACAACCCAAUCCUCAGGAAGCGCAAACUACUUGGCCCAAAGCCCAGCGAUGGUUUCUUCAUCCAUGACCCAGAGAACGGAGGAGAAGACACCAAUGUAGCACUGGAAAAAUUACGAGAUGUCAUUGCACAGUGUAUACUACCACAAGCUGGAGAGAAUGAGGAUGAGAAGCUGAACGAGGUGAUGUAUGACGCCUGGAGGUUCAACAGAGACUGUAAACUGCUGAGAGAAGGUCUCCAGGGGCUCAGCUGGGACGGACGAGCCUUCUCCGAUAAAGUUGACCGCUUGAAGUUGGCUGAAAUAGUGAAACAGGCCAUCGAAGAAAAGACAACCCUCCAAGAGUCUCAUUAGUGGAAGCUGUUUUUGUAUCUUCUUUUUUAUAUCGUUUAAUAUGAGCCUUUUUAACCCAUAUCUGUAAAGACGCCUUUUAUGUAAGAUAAUUCGCUAAAAUUUUGUUUUUCAUGAACACACUUGCCUAUUGUACAGCUGUUAAUAUAUUUCAAAAAAAGGACUCAUUGGUACUAUAGUGCUUUUUUUAAAUGGACAUUUGCAGAGAACACAGUAAAAAUAACCCCUAUAUUUUCACUUUUUGCAAAAAAAAAAAAGAUGAGAAAAAAACAAAGAAAGAAAAAAAAAAUGAAAUUAUUUUCUGGGAGGGAUUUUUUUAUCAGCGGAUUCUCCGAGAAGUUUUGUUUUAUCCCAUUUGUUUCAUUUUAUUCCAUUUUUUUAUUUUUUUCCUUUUAACCAUUCUAAUAAUUGCAUUUAUUUAAACAGAAUUUCAUACUUGUAGCCUGGCAGUGGACACUGAAGCUGUCGACCGUGUGACUCUGUUCUUCCGCACACUUUCUAAGUCUCAGACUGUGUUUAUAUAAAGAGAAAAUGUGUUUUUGACAAGCAAAUCUUAACUUAAGGUCCACCUUCACCAUGGUCCACUUUGUUUUUGUGGACGUUUCGUCCUUGUUUUCAAUCUGGAGACUGCUUUCUCACACUCAAAUGGAUUCAAAUGCAUGAAUUCACGACAUGAAGUUUGUGUCUGGCAAGUGAAGUAAAUAAUAUGACAUAUUA